AUGAGAAGAAUGGCUCUUAAGAAAUUGAAGGUGAUACCAAAGGAAGGUUACUUAUUACUUUUGGACUUUGAUGAUGAGGACGAUGACAUAAAAGUUUCAGAGGAGGCUCUUUCGGAAGUAAAGAGCCCAGCAUUUGAUAAAAAUGAGAAUAUAUCGCCUCAAGCAGAAGCAGAUGAAGAUAUGGGAGAUGAAGUAGACAGUAUGUUGGAUAUAUCUGAAGUAAAUAAUCCAGCAAUUGGUAAAGAUGAAAAUAUAUCGCCUCAAGUAAAAGGAGAUGAAGACAUGGGACAUGAAGUAGGCAGUAUGUUGGAUAAAUCUGGAGAUGACAUUUAUAAGACGCUUCACAUAAAGAGAAAAUGGAUGGAAACUUAUGUCAAAGAAUCUUUCAAAGGCAGCAACCAGAAAUUAGAAAGAUUUUGCAAAACGAACGAACGAGAGAGGAAGAACAUCAACAACAAAUUUUGUGAGCAGUAUAUAACUACAUUUCAGAAGUCUGAUAUGGAUGUACAGAAAUUCAAUGAAGAAAAAGAAAAAUCAGUGAAUAGUUGUCAAAAAGAACAACAAGCAUUGAAACUGUCCAAAUGUAGUCAGAACCAGACCCUGGAAGCAGUUAAAGAAAUGCAUGAGAAGUCCAUGGAGGUUUUGAUGAACUUGGGGACCAAGAACUAA